GUGGACGAGUAGAGCGUGUUUGGAGGUACUAUAUCUGUUUCUUAGGACAUUUUCGCGGAGGAAAUAGAAUUUCUCUCACAGAAAUGGCCCGUGAGGUGCGUCUUCAUUUCUUCGUGACGUCCUUGUUGCUUCUUUGCUGCAUCCAAGAAGGCCUCUCUAUCAAAUGUUGGGCAUGCAGAUCAGAUUGGGACCCAAAAUGUGCAGAUCCGUUUGAUAAUUCUACUGUGCCACUCACUGACUGUAAGAAAGAACCUAAGUUGGAGCACUUACCAGAUGCAAAAGCAACAAUGUGUCGUAAAGUUCGUCAAAAAGUCAAUGGUGAAUGGAGAUACUUUCGUAACUGCGCCUACAUGGGAGAGCCUGGUAUCGGUGGCGACGAGCGAUUUUGCCUAAUGAGAACCGGAACAUAUAAUAUAUUUAUGGAAUAUUGUACGUGCAAUAGUAAGGAUGGUUGUAAUUCGGCGUCGUAUCGAUAUGGGAGCUGGUUACUCUUGAUAAUCGCAUUCAUAACAUCAGUGAGUUUGCGAUCCAUUGUACUUACUACAAAUGACUUCUUUUCUCAUCUUAUCGAACUUCAGGGAAACAAACGCAAUCUUCGACAAGCAAUCAAAUGUAUCAAUAGGUAGCAUAGUUUUUAUAACGCAAUUUUUUAAUGUUAUAUGUUUUUUUUUUUUUUUAAAUCGCUGGUGCCUUUUUAUAUCUUUUUUACCCCUUUCGAAGAGCAAUAAUAAUCUUAAAUAUUUAUAAAGAGGAAAAUAACUUCCAGUAAGUCAGUAGUUUAUCUUGGCCUAAGGUUGUAUUUUAUCGACGAUUUUACAUAUUUAAAUAGAAAUAUAUUUUUAUCGCAAUUUUAAAAAUAUAUAUUCGCAUACUAUUUUUUUCCAUCUUAAUGUUAUGCAGUACAAAUCAUGAAUCUUACUAACAUCGAAAUGUAGCAUAUGACUGUAAAAGAUACUACAGAUGUUCAGAUAAGACUGCUAAUGCCGUCCAGAUUAAUACGAUCGAUUUAGUUUUAGCGUGGUGUUUUGCCAUUUUUUUAAAAUGUUUUGUACAUAUUUUUAAAGUAAUAUUUAGCUUUUUGUUUCACACUGCCAUUCAUACACGAUCAAAGUAUGAUUCAGCAAUAUCGGUUUGACGUAUAUUGAAUUAAUAAAAAAAGUACAAUAUAGAAUGUGCGACUUUGCACAUUACACUUAAAAUUCACGCAUCGCUAUGAAUUUAUUACACGAAUGUAUGAAAUACGAAUAAUAAAAUGACUCAUAAGUAUGAGAACAGACAUUGCCUUGAUCGAACACAACACCCGACAAACUUGAUGUUUUUUUUUUUUUUACGAUAGGGAGAAA